GCACAAUUAUGGAGCCAAUCCAAACAACUUUUCCAGAGGAACUGCACACCACAACGCGUCCAGUCCUCCAUCAAAGUGCUGAGAUUUACCAAAGUAGCAGAAAACAUCAGCCGAACACGUGACGAGAAAUUAGCUUAACGACUUAAUUUUGCUUUUGAGUAUAUAUAAUUUUGUUCUUUUCUUACUAUAUAUUUAUUUCUCCUUACAACUGUCGUCUCUUUUUGGAAGUUACGAUGAGGAAUCUGCGGUUGUUGUUCCUCGUCGGGCUGGCGACUGGGUUUAUCAGUGAAAAACUCUUUGUCUCCUCCCAGUCACUCUUUUCCGCGACAGAUGACAUGUACCUAGAGGGCCGAACGUCAGGUGACCUCCCUAUAGAUGAUGAAGAUGGUGAUGACGGCGGAUCAGGCUCUGGAUCUGGAGCCUUUGCUUUCGCAGAUAAAGAGGAGAUACUCAGGAGGUUCACCAACUUCUCUCAGACCACAGUCUCCAAGGAAACGGUUCCAACUCAACCACCGCCAACAGCAGACUCUCCUCACAACCCAUCAACCACAGCCGCAACCAAAGUGAAGGACACAGAGACAACACCAUUCAUAUUACCUAAUGGGGACAGCAGUGAUGAGGAGGUGGCAGGCACAACAGCUGAUUGGUUCGCACAGAGCUCCACCAGCAAGCCUCCCAGGGAAACGACUGCAACCAAAUUCGGCAUAGACAUCGCUGUAAUCAAUGAUACCGUCGAGGAUAACAGUCUGGAUAGGUGGGAUGUCUCAACACCUAAAAACCGCGAAGACAAAGUCCGGAUCGCAGUUGCCGAAAAUGAUCUUAAGGCCACCAACGACCAAGGCAGAAUAUAUGAGAUGGACUCUCCGGCAGAGGUGACCUCUGAGAACAUGUGGGAGAGGACGGAAGUGCUGGCAGCGGUGAUAGCUUGCGGAGUGGUUGGAUUCCUCUGUGCUGUUUUCCUCCUCAUCCUAAUCGCCUACCGUAUGAAGAAGAAGGACGAAGGUAGCUACAACCUGGGAGACACCAAAGAUUCCACAACGGCCUAUCACAAAGCGCCUACCAAGGAGUUCUACGCCUGAACUGACCAAUAGGGACUUUAAAUGGAGUGUGUCUCCUCCCAAUCAGGACUAAGAACGGAUCUAUAAACAACUGAAGAUGAUCCCUCUUGAUGAAGUUUGAAGUCAAGCACCUCUGUUCUUCUUCAGUGCUUUCGCCAUUAUUAUUUUUCUCAUCUUCCUCCUCUGCUAUCCUUUCACAUCUCGUUGGACUUGGUUCUGCAUUACGGAGAAAUUGAUUGUCCCAUUUAGCAGAGCUACAGCCUGAACUGUCCCAGCUCAGCUUAACAACAUUGAGGAAGUUCACAGAAACAUAUGAAUUGCCUUAACACAUUUUGAAUACUGUUAAUUGAAAUGGUACCACGUAUGGGAUUAGUAUUACAAAGGGCCUUCAAAAAUGUAAACCCUUUUCGUAUUAUUUGAGGUCAAAUUUGCUCUUUUUAACAUUUUUCAUUGUUACAUUUCAUUUUCUGUACGCUUUCUUCGCUGAAUCGAUGAUUUGUUUUUGUUGUUAUGAGGAAUGAAUAUGUUUUUUCAUAUGCUGUCCAGUAUUGGAAUGAGAGAUGAUGUUUCUCUGCAGGUACAUAUUUUUGUUGCUUUCUUACAGAUUUUUGACACUUGUAGAACUGACCAAAUAUAAAUGUGCUUUAUCUGUCUUUUGGAAAAUUAUUUUUACUAGCCUUUUCAAUGUGUUUUGAUGUUUAGAGAUUAUAUUUCCGUAAGCCAUUUUUUAAGAGAUUUCAGUUAUUCAUAGUAUUCAUACAGUGGUAGCCGUAUGUUGGCCCUCAACUUUGCAUCCAGAAUUAGUCAUAUUUAAAGGACUAUUUUAUUUGAUGACUGAGUGCAGCAAGCACGUGUAACAGGAUUCCUCAGGUAAAGCCAAGGCUAAUGACUAUAAUUCAGAAACUGUAAAAGUUACCAACAAUUUCUGAAGCAGCCAAAACACAUUCCUUUCUGACUGUCAACUGCAUACAGCUACCAUAGCAGGUUUGGACUUAAAGGGACAGUGACAAUGUAACUGACAGGAUUAUAAAAAAUCAGUAAUUUAUUCAUGUCUUACAAAUUAUUUUUAAAUAGUUACAAUUUUAGGUAGUGUAGGCAUGUCGGGUUUUACCUCAACCAGCCAACCAAAGGAGCAUGGGACCUUCUAGAGAAUUUUAGAGAUAUUCCCUUUUCACAGCACAUAAUUCUUACUUGUAUACACCCUGUUAGACACAUAUUUAAGUGAAAAUAUCAGGGAUUUGCCCCUAUGUAUAGUGUCUGAGUUUUAACCAUCUACCUACUGCUUAUUAUGAGUCAAAAAACUAAAUUUGAUGAUCAGUGGUCGAUGCAUACAGAGAGGUGGGGCUAAGUGGUUAAACUCUGAGUAGACUGGCCCCGCUAUCCACACGUUCUAAUUGAAAUUAUAUUGUUUUGUAUUUCUGUUGCUUUGACUUUGUUGACGUGAGUUUAAUGUCAUAACAGAUGUUAAAUUGGUAUAGGCAUUCUUAUAGGAUUGUAAUAGCUAUUUUUGUUUGUUGCCCUGUCGCAAAAUUUGUAGCAGCAGUAUUUGUGUCUAUUAAUCGUUUGAUUCCCUUCAUGACACAAUGUAACAUCAGUGAAGGUUGGUGAGUGAGGCUACAUUUAUUUUUUGUCCUUUAGUAAAGUCUACUUAUUAGUGUUUACAUGAUAUAAAUACCUUUGCCAUAAUUUAAAAUACAUACUAAUUGUAAGCAAUUCUAGAAUAACUGAAUGCAAACUACCUAUUCACCGUUGCUGGAAUAAACAAGACGAUUUUAUCACUACUAACCUACUGUGACUUGCUGUUGAUAAUGUAAAAUUUGUUGGGCACUUGAAUCCUCCGUGCCUCACAAAAUACAUUGUAUACAUUCAUUUACAGUUGCUUUGACCUUUUAAGCUGUACCUAACCUCAACUGGAAUAUUUCUGUUCCAGUGUGGUCGAGGAAAAACUGACAUUUCUGUUCUCCAUACCAACAGAAAAAAACAUAAUAAACCCUACUCAUAGAGGGUUAGGACAACUGGUUAGCACUUGCCAGCAAUCCAACAGGUGAUGACACACAAUAACCGUUAUCUUCUAGAAUCUUUGUAAGUUUAUACAGUAUGUUGAUGAUACUAUAAUUUAAAUGUAUUAAUUUAUACUUGCUUAGACUAUAAUCCAAGUUAUGUCAGUGAUUUAUUGGGAUUGUACAGUAUUUACUCAUGAUCGAAGCCUCUUUGUGCCUACUGCUCAGUUUUUGUUUUUAAAUAUUUAUGUUUUCCGUGUAUUUGAUGAGCCUCGGUUCAAUUCAUUUUCAUUAUCAGUUGUCUAGCUUUUUUUAAAUACUUGUUUUCAUAUAAAGGCAUUUAAUACAUGAAUAAAGUAGACUAAGUUCUUGUAAAUAUAUUGAAGCUUUCAUUUUCAUUUUAAUUGAAGUUGAAUAUGAUUUGACUGAAGCCUUGAUUAGAACAAAUAAACACCUACACAAUUAAAAAUCAACUUGCAGAUUACAAGCGUGACAUAAGCACACAAGGUGGCC